AUGCUGUUACCACAGGUGGUCCACGGGUUAAGGGCCUACGAGGGCUUGUCUCUCCCCGAAGAUACGGAGACUGUCACAGAGGGCCGAGCCGGCUGGAGCUAUUCCUUCCUGUCAGAUGAUGAGGACCUGCUGGCUGACGAUGCCUCCGGAGAUGGCCUGGGCAGUGGGGAGCUGGGCAGCGGGGAUUUCCAGAUGGUGUACUUCCGGGCCCUGGUGAAUUUCACCCGUUCCAUUGAGUAUAGCCCUCAGCUGGAAGAUGCAGGCUCCAAAGAGUUCCGGGAGGUGUCUGACGCUGUGGUGGACAAGCUGGAGCUGGAAUACUCAAAGAUUCCUGGGGACCAGGUGGUCAGCGUGGUGUUCAUCAAGGAGCUGGACGGCUGGGUCUUUGUGGAGCUGGACGUGGGUUCCGAAGGGAAUGCAGAUGGCGCCCAGAUACAGGACGUGCUGCACAGGGUCAUCGCCAGUGGAGCCAUUGCUCCCUACAGCACAUCCCUCCAGGGCUUCCAGUUCCGACGCCUGGGCACCGUGCCCCAGGUCCCAAGGGUCUGCACCGAGACUGAGUUUGCCUGCCAUAGCCACAACGAGUGUGUGCCCCUGGAGUACCGCUGUGACCGGCGGCCUGACUGCAGGGACAUGUCUGACGAGCUCAACUGUGAUCCAGUUCCAGAACACAGUUCCGUGCCACCCUUUAUGGUGCAGACAACCAGUUUACCACCCAAACCAGAGAUACCCUAUUUAGCACCUGAGCCACCAGAGACACCACGGCUACCAGACAUAGCCACCCCCAAGCCUCUAUUCCCCAUUCCGGGCCGGCCUGAUCUCUGUAGGCCCCAUGAGGCUGCAUGCCACAGUGGGCAGUGCAUCCCCAAAGACUACUUUUGUGAUGGACAAGAUGACUGCAAAGACGGCAGUGAUGAGCUUAACUGCGGCCCCUCCCCACCCUGUGAGCCCAACGAGUUCCCUUGUGGAAAUGGGCACUGUGCCCUCAAGCUGUGGCGCUGCGACGGCGACUUUGACUGCGAGGACCAGACCGAUGAGACCAACUGCCCUGCCAAGCGUCCUGAGGAAGUAUGUGGCCCCACACAGUUCCGCUGCGUAUCCACAAAUACAUGUAUCCCAGCCAGCUUCCACUGCGACGAGGAGAGUGACUGUGCUGACCGUAGCGACGAGUUUGGCUGCAUGCCCCCACAGGUGGUGACCCCUCCCCAGGAGUCCAUCCAGGCUUCCCGGGGCCAGACAGUGACCUUCACCUGUGUGGCCACUGGAGUCCCUACCCCUAUCAUCAACUGGAGGCUCAACUGGGGCCAUAUCCCCUCUCAUCCCAGGGUGACAAUGACCAGCGAGGGUGGCCGUGGCACCCUGAUCAUCCGUGAUGUGAAGGAGGCAGACCAGGGUGCUUAUACCUGUGAGGCCAUGAAUUCUCGGGGCAUGGUGUUCGGCAUUCCUGACGGUGUCCUGGAGCUCCUCCCGCAGCGAGGCCCCUGCCCCGAUGGGCACUUCUACCUGGAAUCCAGCGCCUCCUGCCUGCCCUGCUUCUGCUUCGGGGUCACCAAUGUGUGUCAGAGCAGCCGCCGCUUCCGUGACCACAUCCGUCUGAGGUUUGACCAACCCAACGACUUCAAGGGCGUGAACGUGACGAUGCCCACACAACCCGGCAUGCCACCCCUGUCCUCCACCCAGAUGCAGAUUGACACCACUCUGCAGGAGUUCCAGCUGGUCGACCUGUCCCGCCGCUUCCUCGCCCACGGCUCCUUCUGGGCUCUGCCUGAGCAGUUCCUGGGCAAUAAAGUGGACUCCUAUGGUGGUUCCCUGCGCUACAAGGUGCGCUAUGAGCUGGCACGUGGUACACUGGAGCCAGUACAGCGACCGGAUGUGGUCCUUGUGGGUGCUGGAUAUCGCCUGCUCUCCCGAGGGCACACGCCCACCCAGCCCGGUGCUCUGAACCAGCGUCAGGUCCAGCUCUCUGAGGAGCACUGGGUCCACGAGUCUGAGCGACCAGUUCAGCGGGCAGAGAUGCUGCAGGUGCUGCAAAGCCUAGAGGCCGUGCUCAUACAGACCGUGUACAACACCAAGAUGGCCAGCGUGGGGCUGAGUGACAUCAGCAUGGACACCACCGUGACCCACACCACCAGCCAUGGCCGUGCCCACAGCGUGGAGGAAUGCAGAUGCCCCAUCGGUUAUUCUGGCUUGUCCUGUGAGAGCUGUGAUACACACUUCACCCGGGUGCCUGGUGGGCCCUACCUGGGCACCUGCUCUGGCUGCCAUUGCAAUGGCCACGCCAGCUCCUGUGACCCUGUAUAUGGGUACUGCUUGAACUGCCAGCACAACACGGAGGGACCACAGUGCAACAAGUGCAAGGCCGGCUUCUUUGGGGAUGCCACACAAGCCACAGCCACUGCCUGCCGGCCCUGUCCUUGCCCAUACAUUGAUGCCUCCCGCAGGUUUUCAGACACCUGCUUCUUGGACACGGAUGGCCAAGCCACAUGUGAUGCAUGUGCCCCUGGCUACACAGGCCGCCGCUGUGAGAGGUGUGCCCCUGGAUAUGAGGGCAACCCCAUCCAGCCACAGGGGAAAUGCAGGCCAACCCGUGAAAAGAAAUGCGAUGAAAAGGGCAGCCUGCGCACCUCCAAGACCUGCGAGUGCAAGAACAACGUGGUGGGACGCCUGUGCAAUGAGUGUGCCGAUGGUUCAUUCCACCUGAGCAAGCAAAACCCCGACGGCUGCCUCAAGUGCUUCUGCAUGGGCGUCAGCCGCCAAUGUUCCAGCUCCUCCUGGAGCCGUGCCCAGGUGCUGGGGGCCUCUGAGGAACCCUCACAGUUCAGCCUGACCAACGCUGCAGGCACCUACACCACCAGCGAGGGUAUCGCUUCCCCUGCGGCUGGGGAGCUGCUCUUCUCUUCCUUCCACAGCCUCCUGCCUGGGCCUUACUUCUGGAGCCUCCCUCUACGCUUCCGGGGGGACAAGGUGACCUCCUAUGGGGGAGAGCUGCACUUCACAGUGAUCCAACAGCCACAGCCCGGCUCCCCGCCACUGCACAGGCAGCCCUUGGUGGUUCUCCAGGGGAACAGCAUCACCUUGGAGCAUCACACUUCCCAAGAACCUGUGCCUGGCCAACCCAGCACCUUCACUGUACCCUUCCGGGAGCAAGCAUGGCAACGGUCUGACGGACAGCCGGCCACCCGGGAGCAUCUGCUGAUGGCAUUAGCAGGCAUCGACGCACUGCUGAUCCAAGCAUCCUACAGCCAGCAGCCAGCUGAGAGCAGGCUCUCUGGAAUCAGCAUGGAUGUGGCUGUGCCUGAGAACACUGGUCAGGACCUUGCACUAGAAGUGGAGCAGUGCACAUGUCCCUCUGGGUACCGUGGCCCAUCCUGCCAGGACUGCGACACAGGCUACACACGCAUGCCCAGCGGCCUCUACUUGGGCACUUGUGAACGCUGCAGCUGCCACGGCCACUCGGAAGUCUGUGAGCCUGAAACAGGUGCCUGUCAGGGCUGCCAGCACCACACGGAGGGCCCUCGGUGUGAGCAGUGCCAACCAGGAUACUAUGGAGACGCCCAGCAGGGGACACCACAGGACUGCCAGCCUUGCCCAUGCUACGGAACCCCUGCUGCUGGCCAGGCCGCUCACACAUGCUUCCUGGACACAGACGGCCACCCCACCUGUGACGCAUGCUCCCCAAGCCACAGCGGGCGUCACUGUGAGAGGUGUGCCCCCGGCUAUUAUGGCAACCCCAGCCAGGGCCAGCCCUGUCAAAGAGACAGCCAGGUUCCAGGGUCCAUAGUCUGUAGCUGUGACCCCCAGGGCAGCAUCAGCAGCCAGUGUGAUGCCAGUGGCCAGUGCCAAUGUAAGGCCCAGGUAGAAGGCCUCACCUGCAGCCAAUGCCGGCCCCACUACUUCCACCUGAGCGCCAGCAACCCCGAUGGCUGCCUGCCCUGUUUCUGCAUGGGUGUCACCCAGCAGUGUGCCAGCUCCUCUUACACUCGCCACCUGAUCUCCACCCACUUUGCCCCUGGCAACUUCCAGGGCUUUGCCCUGGUGAACCCGCAGCGCAACAGCCGCCUCACAGGAGGCUUCACCGUGGAACCCACAUCCGAUGGUGCCCAGCUCUCUUUCAGCAGUUUUGCCCAACUCGGACAGGAGCCCUUCUAUUGGCAGCUGCCGGAAACAUACCAGGGAGACAAGGUGGCAGCUUACGGCGGGAAGCUGCGCUAUACCCUCUCCUACAUGGCUGGACCACAGGGCAGCCCACUCUCCGACCCUGACAUCCAGAUCACGGGCAACAACAUCAUGCUGGUGGCCUCUCAGCCCACGCUGCAGGGCCCAGGGAGGAAGAGCUACGAGAUCAUCUUCAGGGAGGAAUUCUGGCGUCGGCCCGAUGGACAGCCGGCCACUCGUGAGCACCUGCUGAUGGCUUUGGCUGACCUGGAUGAGAUCCUGGUACGGGCCACGUUCUCCUCAGUGCCGCUGGCAGCCAGCAUCAGUGCUGUGAGUCUUGAGGUCGCCCAGCCCGGGCCCUCUGACGGACCCCGGGCCCUGGAAGUGGAAGAAUGCCACUGUCCCCCAGGCUACAUGGGCCUGUCCUGCCAGGACUGUGCCCCUGGCUACACGCGCACCGAGAAUGGCCUCUACCUCGGCCACUGCGAGCUGUGCGAAUGCAAUGGGCAUUCGGACCUGUGCCACCCUGAGACCGGGGCCUGCUCGCAAUGUCAGCACAACACUGCUGGGGAGUUCUGCGAGCUGUGUGCCCCUGGUUACUUUGGAGAUGCCACAGCUGGGACACCAGAGGACUGCCAGCCCUGUGCCUGCCCACUCACCAAUCCAGAGAACAUGUUCUCCCGUACCUGUGAGAGCCUUGGAGGCAACGGGUACCGCUGCACAGCCUGUGAGCCUGGCUACACUGGCCAGUACUGUGAGCAGUGUGCCCCAGGUUAUGUGGGUAACCCCAACGUGCAAGGGGGCCGCUGCCUGCCACAGAACCAAGCCCCACUGGUGGUCCAGGUCCACCCUGCUCGGAGCAUCGUACCCCAGGGCAGCCCCCACUCCUUGCGGUGCCAGGUCAGUGGGAGCCCACCCCAUUACUUCUACUGGUCCCGUGAAGAUGGGCGGCCUGUACCCAGCAGCACCCAACAGCGACAUCAAGGCUCUGAGCUCCACUUCCCUAGCGUCCAGCCCUCCGACGCUGGGGUCUACAUUUGCACCUGCCGUAGCCUUCACCAUGUUAACACCAGCCGGGCAGAGCUACUGGUCACAGAGGCUCCAAGCAAGCCCAUCACAGUGACAGUGGAGGAGCAGCGAAGCCAGAGCGUGCGCCCUGGAGCUGAUGUCACCUUCAUCUGCACAGCCAAGAGCAAGUCCCCAGCCUACACCCUAGUGUGGACCCGCCUGCACAAUGGCAAGCUGCCCUCACGAGCCAUGGAUUUCAACGGCAUCCUGACCAUCCGUGGCGUGCAGCCAAGCGACGCGGGCACCUAUGUGUGCACUGGCUCCAACAUGUUCGCCAUGGACCAGGGCACCGCCACACUGCAUGUGCAGACCUCGGGCGCUUCAACUGCCCCCAUGGUCUCCAUCCACCCACCGCAGCUCACAGUGCAGCCCGGUCAGCUGGCCGAGUUCCGCUGCAGCGCCACUGGGAACCCCACACCAAACCUUGAAUGGAUAGGAGGCCCUGGUGGCCAGCUCCCCCAGAAGGCCCAAGUCAGUGGCGGCAUCCUGCGCCUGACGGCUGUCGAGCCCUCAGAUCAGGCACCGUACCUAUGCCGAGCCCACAACAGCGCUGGGCAGCACGUGGCCAGGGCUGUGCUCCAUGUGCACGGGGGGAGUGGACCUCGGGUCCAGGUGAGUCCAGAGAGGACCCAGGUGCAUGAAGGCCACACUGUGAGGCUGUACUGCAGAGCUGCAGGAGUACCCAGUGCCACCAUCACAUGGAAGAAGGAAGGGGGCAGCCUGCCCCCUCAGGCCAGGUCUGAGCGCACGGACAUUGCCACACUGCUCAUCCCAGCCAUCACUGCCGCCGACGCUGGCUUCUACCUCUGCGUGGCCACCAGCCCUGCAGGCACCGCACAGGCCCGCAUCCAGGUUGUCGUCCUCACAGCUUCAGGUGACCACUCACCACCUCCGGUCAGGAUCGAGUCCUCAUCUCCUUCUGUGACUGAAGGGCAGACGCUUGACCUCAACUGCGUAGUGGCAGGUUCAGCCCAUGCCCAGGUCACGUGGUACAGGAGAGGGAGCACCCUGCCCCCCCAUGCACAGGUGCAUGGCUCGCGGCUGCGGCUUCUGCAGGUUUCACGUGCUGAUUCAGGAGAAUACGUGUGCCGAGUAGAGAAUGGGGCAGGCCACAAGGAAGCCACCAUCACCAUCUCUGUCCUCCACAGCACCCACACGAGCCCCAACAAUGUCCCAGCUGCAGGCAGCACCCAGCCCAUCCGCAUCGAAUCCUCCUCCUCCCAUGUAGCUGAGGGGCAGACCUUGGAUCUGAACUGUGUGGUGCCUGGGCAAGCCCAUGCUCAGGUCACAUGGUAUAGGCGUGGGGGCAGCCUCCCCACCCGGCACCAGACCCAUGGCUCGCUGCUGCGACUACACCAGGUGUCUCCCGCUGACUCGGGCGAGUACGUGUGCCGCGUAGUCCUCGGCUCUGAACCCCUGGAGACCUCUGUCCGGGUCUCCAUCGAGGCCUCUGGCUCUGUCCCUGCCCCAGGACCUGUCCCACCCGUCAGGAUUGAGUCCUCCUCCUCCACGGUGGCUGAGGGACAGACUCUUGAUCUGAGCUGUGUGGUGGCAGGGCAGGCCCAUGCCCCAGUCACAUGGUACAAGCGUGGGGGCAGCCUCCCUGCCCGGCACCAGGUCCGCGGCUCGCGCCUAUACAUCUUCCAGAUCUCACCCGCUGAUGCAGGGGAGUAUGUGUGCCGUGCCAGCAAUGGUGUGGAGGCCUCCAUCACUGUCAGAGUAACCAGGACACGGGCGCCCAUCAAUGUCAACUGUGAGUGGGCCUCUGGUGGAACCCAGCCCAUCCACAUCGAAUCCUCCUCCUCCCACGUAGCUGAGGGGCAGACCCUGGAUCUGAACUGUGUGGUACCUGGACAAGCCCAUGCUCAGGUCACAUGGCAUCGGCGUGGGGGCAACCUCCCUGCCCGGCAUCAGACCCACGGCUCGCUGCUGCGGCUGCACCAAGUGUCCCCUGCUGACUCGGGCGAGUAUGUGUGCCGUGUGGUGGGUGGCUCCGUGCCCUUGGAGUCCUCCGUCCUAGUCACCAUUGAGCCAGAGAGCUCUGUGCCUGCACUCGGAGUUACCCCCCCAGUCCGGAUUGAGUCAUCAUCUUCCCAUGUGGCUGAAGGACAGACACUGGAUCUGAACUGCCUCGUUGCUGGGCAGGCCCAUGCCCAGAUCACGUGGCAUAAGCGUGGGGGCAGCCUCCCUGCCCAACAUCAGGUGCAUGGCUCGAGGUUGCGGCUGCCCCAGGUGACCCCAGCCGACUCUGGGGAGUACGUGUGUCGUGUGGUCAGCAGCUCAGGCACCCAGGAAGCCUCAGUCCUUGUCACCAUCCAGCAACGCCCGGGACCCUCCCACCCCCAGGCUGUGGUGUAUCCCGUUCGCAUUGAGUCUUCAUCCACUUCACUGGCCAAUGGCCAUACUCUGGACCUCAACUGCAUAGUUGCCAGUCAAGCCCCCCAUACCAUCACCUGGUACAAGCGUGGAGGCAGCUUACCCAGUCGGCAUCAGAUUGUGGGCUCCCGGCUACGGAUCCCUCAGGUGACCCCCGCAGACUCUGGCGAGUAUGUGUGCCACGUCAGCAACGGCAUCGGUUCCCAGGAGACUUCCCUCAUUGUCACCAUUCAGGGCAGUGGCACCUCCCGUGUGCCCAGUGUCUCCCCACCAAUCAGGAUCGAGUCCUCGUCCCCCACUGUAGUUGAAGGACAGACCUUGGAUCUGAACUGUGUGGUCGCCGGGCAGUCCCAGGCCACCAUCACGUGGUACAAGCGUGGAGGCAGCCUGCCCUCCCAACACCAGACCCACGGUUCCCACCUGCGUUUGCACCAGAUGUCCGUGGCCGACUCAGGAGAGUACGUGUGUCGGGCCAACAACAACAUCGAUGCCCAGGAGGCCUCCAUCAUGGUCUCAGUCUCCCCCAGACCCAGCAACCCCUCUGCCCCUGGCGGUGCUGCACCCAUCAGAAUUGAGUCCUCCUCCUCCCAUGUGGCCGAAGGGCAGACAUUGGAUCUGAACUGUGUGGUCCCUGGUCAGGCUCAUGCCCAGGUUACUUGGUAUAAACGUGGAGGCAGCCUCCCCACCCACCAUCAGACCCAUGGCUCAACUCUCCGGCUAUACCAGGUGUCCCCAGCCGACUCGGGCCAGUAUGUGUGCCGCGUGCUGGGCACUUCUGGCCCCUUGGAGGCCUCAGUCCUGGUCACCAUCGAGGCCUCUGAUGCUGGUGCCGUCCGUGUCCCUGGUGAGGGUGGAACCCCGCCCAUCCGCAUCGAGACAUCCUCUUCCCGUGUGGCUGAAGGGCAGACCUUGGAUCUGAGCUGUGUGGUGCCUGGGCAGGCCCAUGCCCAGGUCACGUGGCAUCGGCGUGGGGGCAGCCUCCCCGCCCAGCACCAGGUUCACGGCCACACUCUGAGACUGAACCAGGUGUCCCCUGCUGACUCCGGCGAGUACACCUGCCGAGUGGUCGGCAGCUCAGGUGUCCUGGAGGCCUCUGUCCUGGUCUCCAUCGAGCCUGCCAGCCCAGCCCCGAUUCCUGCUCCAGGACUGGCCCAGCCCAUCUACAUUGAGGCCUCCUCCUCCCAUGUAGCCGAAGGGCAGACCCUGGAUCUGAACUGCGUGGUACCCGGGCAGGCCCAUGCCCAGGUUACGUGGUACAAGCGUGGGGGCAGCCUCCCUGCCCAGCACCAGACUCAUGGCUCCAUUCUGAGGCUUCACCAUGUCUCCCCUGCUGACUCGGGCGAGUACGUGUGCCGUGUGGCAGGCAGCUCAGGCCCUGAGCAGGAGGCUUCCUUCACAGUCACUGUCCCACCCAGCGAGGGGUCUUCUUACCGCCUCAGGAGCCCAGUCAUCUCUAUUGACCCACCCAGCAGCACCGUGCAGCAGGGCCAAGAUGCCAGCUUCAAGUGCCUCAUCCACGAUGGGGCCACCCCCAUCAACCUGGAGUGGAAGACACGGAACCAAGAGCUGGAAGACAAUGUCCGUAUCAGCCCCAACGGCUCAGUCAUCACCAUCGUGGGCACCCGGCCCAGCAACCAUGGGGCCUACCGCUGCGUGGCCUCCAAUGCCUACGGUGUGGCCCAAAGUGUCGUGAACCUCAAUGUGCACGGGCCCCCGACAGUGUCUGUGCUCCCUGAGGGCUCCGUGCGUGUGAAGGCAGGCAAGGAUGUCACCCUGGAGUGUGUCAGCAGUGGGGAGCCCCGCUCCGCCCCUCGCUGGACCCGGGUAGGCUACCCUGCCAGGCUGGAUCCAUGGACGCUUGGGAUGGUGGACAGCCACGCAGUGCUCAAGAUUUCAUCAGUGAAGCCAUCAGAUGCAGGCACCUAUGUGUGCCUAGCUCAGAAUGCACUGGGCACAGCACAGAAGCAAGUGGAAGUGAUUGUGGACAUGGGCACCGUAGCCCCAGGCGCCCCCCAGGCCCAGGUGGAAGAAGUGGAGCUGACCGUGGAGGCUGGACACACGGCCACCUUGCGCUGCUCAGCCUCAGGCAGCCCCACGCCCACCAUCCACUGGUCCAAGCUACGUGCCCCACUGCCCUGGCAGCACCGGCUGGAAGGCAACACCCUGAUCAUCCCCAGGGUCGCCCAGCAAGACUCGGGCCAGUACAUCUGCAAUGCCACCAGCCCUCUGGGGCACUCUGAGGCUACUGUUGUCUUGCAUGUGGAGAAUCCACCAUAUGCCACCAUAGUCCCAGAACAUGCCUCAGUGCGGGCAGGAGAGACGGUGCAGCUACAGUGCCUGGCACAUGGCACUCCACCACUCACCUUCCAGUGGAGCCGCGUGGGCAGCAGCCUCCCCGGGCGGGCGACUGUCAGUAAGGAGCGGCUGCACAUUGAGCCCGCAGCCCCUGAGGACUCAGGCCGCUACCGCUGCCAAGUCUCCAACAAGGUGGGCUUAGCCGAGGCCUUCGUCCAGGUACUUGUGCAAGGCUCCUCCAGCACACUCCCUGACACUGCCAUCUCAGCCAGAGCCCCACCCACCGUGCAGAUCACACCUCAGCAGGAGACCAAGAGCAUCGGGGCCAGCGUCGAGUUCCACUGUGCCGUGCCCAGCGACCAGGGUACCCAGCUCCGCUGGAUCAAGGAAGGGGGCCAGCUACCUCCUGGCCACAGCGUGCAGGAUGGGGUGCUGCGAAUCCAGAACUUAGACCAGAGCUGCCAAGGGACAUAUGUCUGCCAGGCCCAUGGACCUUGGGGACAAGCCCAGGCCAGUGCCCAGCUGGUUGUCCAAGCCCUACCCUCUGUGCUUAUCAACAUCCGGACCUCCGUGCAGACCGUGGUGGUCGGCCACUCUGUGGAGUUCGAGUGCCUGGCACUGGGUGACCCCAAACCUCAGGUGACGUGGAGCAAAGUUGGAGGGCGCCUGCGGCCUGGCAUCUUGCAGAGCGGGAAUGUCAUCAAGAUCCCCCACGUGGAGCUGGCCGACGCUGGGCAGUACCGCUGCACUGCCACCAACGGCGCUGGCACCACACAGUCCCAUGUGCUGCUGCUCGUGCAAGCCUUGCCCCAGAUCUCAACACCCCCAGAAGUCCGUGUACCUGCUGGCUCUGCGGCUGUCUUCCCCUGCAUGGCCUCGGGCUACCCCACACCUGACAUCACCUGGAGCAAGCUGGAUGGCAGCCUGCCACCUGACAGCCGCCUGGAAAACAACAUGCUGAUGCUGCCCUCAGUCCGGCCCCAGGAUGCUGGCACCUACAUCUGCACUGCUACUAAUCGCCAGGGCAAGGUCAAAGCCUUUGCCAAUCUGCAAGUGCCAGAGCGGGUGGUGCCCUACUUCACCCAAACCCCCUACUCCUUCCUGCCACUGCCCACCAUUAAGGAUGCCUACAGGAAGUUUGAGAUUAAGAUCACCUUCCGGCCGGACUCAGCUGACGGAAUGCUGCUGUACAACGGGCAGAAGCGCACCCCAGGGAGCCCCACCAACCUGGCCAACAGGCAGCCCGACUUCAUCUCUUUCGGCCUUGUGGGUGGAAGGCCCGAGUUCCGGUUUGACGCAGGCUCUGGCAUGGCCACCAUCCGCCACCCUACACCGCUGGCGCUGGGCCAGUUCCAUACAGUGACCCUGCUGCGUAGCCUCACCCAGGGCUCCCUGACUGUGGGCAACCUGACUCCAGUCAACGGCACCUCCCAGGGCAAGUUCCAGGGCCUGGACCUGAAUGAGGAGCUGUACCUGGGCGGCUACCCUGACUAUGCAGCCAUCCCCAAGGCAGGCCUGAGCAGCGGCUUUGUCGGCUGUGUCCGGGAACUACGCAUCCAGGACGAGGAGAUCAUCUUCCAUGACUUCAACCUCACCGCACACGGCAUCUCCCACUGCCCCACCUGUCGGGACCGGCCCUGCCAGAAUGGAGGCCAGUGCCACGACUCAGAGAGCAGCAGCUACAUGUGCGUGUGCCCGGCUGGCUUCACCGGGAGCCGCUGCGAGCACUCACAGGCCCUGCACUGCCACCCAGAGGCCUGUGGGCCAGAUGCCACCUGCGUGAACCGGCCCGAUGGCCGAGGCUACACCUGCCGCUGCCACUUAGGCCGCUCAGGGGCAAGAUGCGAGGAAGGUGUCACAGUGACCACCCCCUCCAUGUCGGGCUCCGACUCCUACCUGGCACUGCCUGCCCUCACCAACACACACCACGAGCUACGCCUGGAUGUUGAGUUCAAGCCACUGGCACCCGAUGGGAUCUUAUUGUUCAGCGGGGGAAAGAGUGGGCCUGUGGAGGACUUUGUGUCCCUGGCCAUGGCUGGCGGCCACCUGGAGUUCCGCUACGAGUUGGGGUCAGGACUGGCCAUUCUGCGGAGCCCCGAGCCACUGGCCCUGGGCCGUUGGCACCGUGCAUCUGCUGAGCGCCUCAACAAGGAUGGCAGCCUGCGGAUAAACGGAGGCCGCCCUGUGCUGCGCUCCUCGCCCGGCAAGAGCCAGGGCCUCAACCUACACACGCUCCUCUACCUGGGCGGCGUGGAACCCUCUGUGCCGCUGUCUCCAGCCACCAACGUGAGCGCUCACUUCCGUGGCUGUGUUGGUGAGGUUUCAGUGAAUGGCAAGCGACUGGACCUUACCUACAGCUUCCUAGGCAGCCGAGGCAUCGGGCAGUGCUAUGACAGCUCCCCGUGUGAGCGCCAGCCUUGCCAGAAUGGUGCCACGUGCAUGCCCGCUGGCGAAUACGAGUUCCAGUGCCUGUGUCGUGAUGGCUUCAAAGGAGACCUCUGUGAGCAUGAGGAGAACCCCUGCCAGCUCCACGAGCCCUGUCUGCAUGGGGGCACCUGCCAGGGCACCCACUGCCUCUGUCCCCCUGGCUUCUCAGGCCCACGCUGCCAGCAAGGUCCUGGACAUGGCACAGCAGAGUCCGAUUGGCACCUAGAAGGCAGCGGGGGCAGCGACGCCCCCGGCCAGUAUGGAGCUUACUUCUAUGAUGGCGGCUUCCUAGCCCUCCCUGGCCACAUCUUUUCCAGAAGCCUCCCCGAAGUGCCCGAGACCAUUGAGCUGGAGGUUCGCACCAGCACGGCCAGUGGCCUCCUCCUCUGGCAGGGAGUGGUGAGCAAAGUCAGCCGAGGCAAGGACUUCGUCAGCCUUGGGCUUCAGGACGGGCACCUUGUCUUCAGCUACCAGCUGGGCAGUGGGGAAGCCCGCCUUGUCUCUGAGGACCCCAUCAAUGAUGGCGAGUGGCAUCGGGUGACAGCACUGCGAGAGGGUCGCAGAGGCUCCAUCCAGGUGGACGGUGAGGAGCUGGUCAGCGGGCAGUCCCCAGGCCCAAAUGUGGCAGUCAACACCAAGGGCAACAUCUACGUGGGCGGAGCUCCCGACGUGGCCACCCUGACCGGAGGCAGGUUCUCCUCGGGUAUCACAGGCUGUAUCAAGAACCUGGUGCUGCGCUCUGCCCAGCCUAGUGGCCCACCCCCCCAGCCCCUGGACCUGCAGCAUCGUGCCCUGGCAGGAGCCAACACGCGCCCCUGCCCGUCAUAGGCACCUGCCUGCCUCCCCUUAUGGACUCCUGGGUAGAGCCUAACCCAACCAUGUCGAGUAUAUUAUUAUUAAUAUUAUUAUUAUGAAUUUUUGUAAGAAACCGAGGCGAUGCCACGCUUUGCUGCUACCGCCCUGGGCUGGACUGGAGGGGAGAGUGGCACCACCAUGCACACCUGGGCAAAACCACAGAGCUGGUGGGUGGGCAACCCAAAUGGGAACAGACUCCUCAGAACACCACUGUGACGUGGAGUCCAAUGCAGUGGCCCAGAGCUGUUCCCAUGCACCCGCCCAAGGGCCCCUCCAGGCAGAGCCCGGAUGCCCAUCUCAGCAGCCCUUUCCAGCCUCUUACUGUGCGCGCCCACCUCAGCUUCCAUCCUGGUGCUCACUGGCUACGUGAACAGGAGGGUGUGGCAGGAGCCGUGGCCACCCCCUCUGCGCCGGGAAGCUCUCUAUGUCUGCUGUGGAGCAGAAGGCAGCUCCCCCUCCCCCAGCCCACGUCCUACCCCUCCUCCCACGUCCUAGCCACCUACCCCUGACAGCCUCCCC